GAUCGUCCUAGAGCUCAGGGCGCAUUGAAAACCUCCGAGCUUACAUUGUACUCAGUUUACGAAGGAUUAAAGUUGCGAAUGUUGACUUUCUUCACGGACAGGCCCGCGCCCAGUGAUGGACAAACCCUAACCCUGGAUCUCUCCCUUGCUUCCCACUACCUGUUCCACCUCGCGCCAAUCGCCACCUUGAUAGUUAUCGACGGCUUCAGAUGAUGAAGUUGUUUUCGGCCAUACCGGGUUGUCUUAUAAAUCCGAGAUAUCUCUGUGUCCCUCGUCGCCAUGUUCGAAACUCCCCAGAAAGCGUGCUUAAAGUCUCGACCAGGAUAGGCAGAAAACUUUUCUCCAGUUCAACCCGGGCAUAUCAAGACUCAACCCCGUUCAAGAGAUAUACAAUGCCGCAAAUGGGCGCAAGCUCGAACGGCUCUCAGAGCCGCAAGGCCAAGCGAACGGCUUACAUUGCCCUCGGCAGUAACCUGGGGGACCGGGUCUCUUGGAUUGAGAAAGCCUGCAAUGAGAUGGAUGCGAGAGGCAUCAGAGUCACGAAAACCAGCAGUCUAUACGAGACAGAACCGAUGUAUGUUUUAGACCAGGAGAGAUUUGUCAACGGAGCCUGCGAAGUAGAGACAGACUUGGAGCCGCUCGCGCUCUUAGACCAACUCCAGGACAUAGAGAACUCAAUGGGUCGCAAAAAGGUCAUCGACAAGGGGCCUCGUAAUAUUGAUCUCGAUAUCCUACUAUAUGAGGAUCAAAAGAUCGAUCACCCCCGUCUCAAGGUGCCGCAUAUCGGCAUCCCGGAGAGGGAGUUUGUGUUGAGACCCCUGGCUGAAAUUAUUCCGCACAAACCAAUCGACUCUUCCCGGCCCUGGAAGCUUACGCAGGACUACCUCAAUGAACUACCCCCUUCCUCUUCGCCACUCACCACAUUAACCCCCUUGUCAGCCCGCCACCCGCCGCUCCAGGCACUGAACCCAACGCGGAAGACGCACGUCAUGGCCAUCCUCAACAUGACCCCCGACUCGUUCUCCGACGGCGGGCUCCACACGCCCUCGGACCCGUCAUCGCUAGCCGAGACAGUCCGGUCCUUCCUUGCCGCUGGCGCAACCAUGAUCGACGUGGGAGGGCAGUCAUCGGCGCCUGGAAAACCCGAAGUCUCGGCCGAGGAGGAGCUCGGCCGCGUGCUGCCGGCCAUCGAGCUGAUCCGCAGCAUAUCCGGGGCCGGGGCCGGGGGUGCCGACGUCAUGAUCAGCGUGGACACGUACCGUGCGUCGGUCGCCGAGGCGGCCGUCCGUGCUGGCGCCGACAUGAUCAACGACGUUUCGGCGGGGGGGAUGGACCCGAACAUGCUGGCCACCGUCGCCCGGCUAGGCACGGCCGUGUGCUUGAUGCACAUGCGCGGCACCCCGGCGACGAUGAGCAGGUUGGCCACCUACCCGGCGGAGCCCGGCGGGCUGGUCUCCGCCAUCGCCGAGGAGCUGCUUGAGCGGGUCGCGGCGGCCGAGGCGGCGGGGAUCCGGAGGUGGCGGAUCGUGCUGGAUCCGGGCCUCGGGUUCGCCAAGAUCGGCCCGCAGAACCUGGACGUGCUGCGGCGCCUCGACGAGCUGCGGGCGUGGCCGGGCCUGCGCGGCCUGCCGUGGCUGGUGGGCUCGAGCCGGAAGAGCUUCAUCGGGCACAUUACGGGGGUGAACACGCCGGCGGAGCGUAUCUGGGGUACCGCGGCCACGGUGGCGGCGGCCGUCCAGGGGGGCGCGGAUAUCGUGCGCGUGCACGACGUCAGGGAGAUGGCACAGGUCGUGAUGAUGGCGGAUGCCAUCUGGAGAUUUUGAGGCUGGGGGGGGUGGAUUUAAACGGCAAAGGGGCGCAUGCCUUGCUGCCCGCGUCACGAUAUAUGCAUUGCAUUUUAAGCGUUGGAAAAGGAUUCAACAACCACGGGGUAAAUGGGGACGGAGACCUUGGGAUUUCACAUCCCUGAAUCCGUCAUCCUCAGCCUAAAGCUUCAGGAGGGGCAGCUCAACCAGGCCUCACUCCUAGAUCUUGAUCGGGCUGCCAAGGCUCGGUUGAAUUAGGUUCUCAAAAACUAGAUUCUAUUUGGGAGAGAGCUCGUCAGCAAACCUCCCAAGGUACCCAUGUAGGUCAACCAGUGAACACUGGACUGUUUGGAAGAUUCGCUGGGCAGGCUUACUCGGUACUCGGCGUAUUGUGGUCUUUUGAUGUGGCUGUCGGCUCAAGCUGACGGCCAAUGAGGCGCAGCCCCGUUUACGGUCAACGUCAGCCAGUCAUCAAGUGCAG